UUCCAACUACAUCUUCACCACAACAACUCAACCACAAAUCGCAAGCAUGAGAUCCAAGUUCAAGGACGAGCACCCCUUCGAGAAGCGCAAGGCCGAAGCAGAGCGUAUCCGCGUCAAGUACACGGACCGCAUCCCUGUCAUCUGCGAAAAGGUCGAGAAGUCGGACAUCGCCACCAUCGACAAGAAGAAGUACCUGGUCCCCGCCGACCUCACUGUCGGACAGUUCGUCUACGUGAUCCGCAAGCGCAUUAAGCUUUCGCCUGAGAAGGCCAUCUUCAUCUUCGUCGACGAGGUCCUGCCACCCACCGCCGCCCUCAUGAGCAGCAUCUACGAGGAGCACAAGGACGAGGACGGAUUCCUCUACAUCACCUACUCGGGCGAGAACACCUUCGGCGAGGCCGUCUAGACCAUACCCAACCCUCUUUCCUUAUUUUAAUGCCAACGAUAUCCUUACACGGAUCACCAGGAGUUUCGGAGUCUUUGGGAGUCACGAUGGAGAAGGAUGAUUUGAGGGAGGACCGAUCGCCGAAUGCAGCGCCGGAGAAGGCAGGACAAAGCAGCAGCUCGUCACAUUGAUGACAGAGCCCGUCAAGAAGAACCACCACCGCUCAAGCCCUCGUCUCCCGUUU